AUGAUGCUCCGACGAGCGUCCCGUGCGGUCGCGCGCGAGGUGACGCGGGCGACGCGCGUCGGUCCGACGAUCGCGCCGAGCGCGACGCGAGCGGUCGAGAUGCGGUCGAACGCCGUCGCUUCGCCGCUGAAUCGACCGAGGACGGCGACGGCGUCGUCCCCGAAACGCGGCUUCGCCGCGGAGGCGAAGCCGCCGGAGGUCUGGACGCGACCGCCCGCGCGCGCCGAGGAAGCGUCGAAGGCGACGCCGAAGUCGCCCGCGACCGCCGCGGGCGCGAGCGUCGACAAGAGCGCGCUUCAUCGACGCCAGCCCGCCGCGACGUCGUCGUCGUCGUCCAGCCCCCGGGGAACGGCGUCGGGCGGCCAGAACCAUAAAACGCACGAAGGGCCUCUCCCGGCCGACGUCGAGCGCGCGGCGUGGUCGAUGUACAUGGCGCACGAGAACCAGUACCUGAACUGGGUCCGGAACGGCAUGACCUCCGUCGCCGUCGGGUUCGGCAUGUGCGCGUUUCGAUUCACGCACGACGACGCGUACGUCUCCAUCGGCGGCGUCCUCGUCCAGGUCAUGGGCGCGGCGUACGUGACGCUCGGCGCGGCGCAGUACCUCCUCACUGCGAUCGCGAUGCGAGGCGCGCUGAUGCUCUCGCCGUUGGGGUGGGCGUGGGUGGCGUUCAACGCGACGUGGCCGCCGUUGACGUUUUCGACGGCGCUGCGAUGCGUCCACGACUCGUAUCCGGACUGGCUCCUGGCGGGGCUGACCGCGUUUGAGGAUCAGCUGACGCCGCGCGCGAGGGAUCGACUGAUGCAGAUCAUGGGGAAGCAGAUGAGCGCGCGAGGGGGGGGGGGUUAA